AUGGCCCCCGGUGCAAUCGUAGACAAGGAUGGCGUUAGUACAGGAAAAAAGUUCAAAGAAAUAGCAGCUAAUAUAUUGUACCGGUACCAAAAGAAGAAGGCGGACAAGGGUAAAGCGAAAGGAAAAGAACCUGUUGCAGAAGGGACGCAGCCUGGUGUCGUUAUCUUGAGUGCAACAUAUACUGUUGCCAUUGAAAUUGGGGAUGGACCGGGCAAACGUCAUCAACACAUUGUGCAGCUGGUUAAUGGCAAAGGAUACCCUGAUGCUUCGAAGGACGACACAGUCUCCCUUAUUUUCAUUAACGAUCCACCAGCAAAGGUCUCCGACCAAAAGCAGAUGCAAGACACAAUCGAGAGGCUGAGUACCCACCUCGAGGGCGUAAAGCGGAUCUUGGAAGACGCUGCUGUGGGCGGGCCAAGUAAUAAAGUUGCACAAUUAAGAUAAUUUGAGCAAUGUCUUCGUCUCAUUUAUCUUGUGACAUACAUGCAUCCUUAGUUUCAAAUUAUAAAAUAUUUUGACUUUUUUAGACUCGUAGUUUUUACUAUGCAUCUAGAUAUAUAUUAUGUCUAGAUACAUAGUGAUGCUAUGAAUCUUAAAAUGUCAGAAUGUCAUCUUAUAAUUUGGGACGGAACAUAUAUGUUCCAGCGUUCCC